AUGGCAUCCAAAUGUUCUAGAGUCAAAAGUGGGAAGGGAGUUGUUGUUCAAGAGGAUAUCCCCAAUAACGUUGCAGCAAAUCUAGUCAAGUUGAUGGACCAAGCUGAGAAGAUGGAGAAAGACAUGCGUGGGCUGAUGGAUAACUUGCUGGUUAGGACAGAAGUCCUCGAGACAGAAAUUCUGGAGUUGGUUGAAGAGGUUGUUAGGGUUAACUCACAUAAUAAUGAAAUCGAGCUACAUCCAUCACUCAGUCAUGCCGUAGGGGUUUCAUGCGUAAUCAUCAGGGAUGAUGAAGAUAUAGCAAGUAUUUUGCGAGAUGAGAGGGUAGUGGUUGUGUUUGUGACAGCUAAGGUACAAAAUGCAAACGAUAUUCCACAUGAACAUGAAUGUGCAUCGAACAAAAUAGUUGGUACUUUGCAACAAACGCAACUGUCGCUCGAAAAUGAAGUCGGUCCAUUGUCAUUCGUAAAUGACACUUUGAUGGUUGUGAGUGAUGACGAUGCAUCUGAUCAAAUUGAAAAUGAUGUUAAAGAGGACAACAUGGCGGAUUUGAACGAUGAGUUGCAUGACGACUAUGAAAAUGAUUACGUUAACAGGCAUGAUGACUGUUCAAAGAACGACAAGGUUGAACACAAUGACAUUCCAUAUUGCAAUCAUGCAGAUGCCAUAACUAUUGUGUUAGAAGAGGUUCAGUGUGAUGACCAUACCAUAAUUGUUGAAUUAAAAAAUGUUGAGGGUGUCGACCUUAUUUACAAAAACACCAUCGCACUUGAGAACUACAUUCGCUUGCCUAAUGAUAGUAAUCAAAAGAGGGUAAAUAUAGGGGUAUCUCGUUAA